AUGAAAGAUGAUCUGCAUGUUUUGGUGCUGUUCGUAUGGGGAUUUGUUCAGUACGGAGAGCUGAUGCUUUGGUGGGUGGUGUUGGGUGUGCGGUUGCGCGUGGAUGUUGAAGGUGGAGAGGUGAUAUUUGGGGGGUUGGGCGGCAAGUAUUUGGAAUUAUUGCGGGAUAGAAUGAAACUUGCGCUGGAUGUGUUGUUGUUUGUUUGGAAAUUUUUUCAAAUUCCUCAGGAAGCGCGAGGAGGCGUUGGUGUGGGGUUGAGAAUGGUGUUAGGGGAUGAAGGGGUGAUGUUUGGGGUGUUGGAGCAACGUAUGGCUGACAUGGUUGUUGGGGGAAGUGGAGCGGAGGUAGAUGUUUGUGGGAGUGGAUCGCUUGGGGAGGCGUUGGGUGUGGGUGCGCGGAUGGAGUUAGAAUAUGGCUAUUUCACGUUUGGGGAGUUGGAGCAAUGUAUCGUUGACAUUGUGUUUAGUGGGGAGAGUUGUUUAAGAAGUCGAUUUGAAGGUUGGCAUCUGAGUGCGGAUGCGUUGGUUUGUUGGAUUGGGUCUGGAUUUUAUCAGAUCAAGAAGAAGAUUGUACGUUUGAAACUCAUAGCUACUGAGGCUUUGGUGUUCAUGGACGAAGUGGGGAUGCUUGCAAAACGUAUAGAGUGGAUGUGUGGUUCAGUAGGGUUGGGUCUGUUUUCUUCAGAUGCAGGACUAGUGCUCCUAGAAAAGCGUAUUUGCGUGAUGGAUGGGACGGAGUAG